ACAAUUGUUAAUACCUGUAUUAUUAUAAAUUGACAUUUAUCAAUUUUUAUAAACUUGUGUCAUAACACAGUGAUUCAAAGUGUUAUCUCGUAUAUUUAAUUCUUUUUAUUAUCAAGAAUAAAUGAUGUGUAUGUAAAACAUAACCUCAAUGUUAGAAUAUAGUAAUAGUUUUCUUCAAAAAUAAUUACGGAAUUAUAGUGAGAAUUGACAUAUAAUUAUGGAAAGAAACGAAGAAGAGUGGUCUGUUGAAUGUUCAGAUGAAGAAAAAUAUGAAGUUGAUUCUAAAAGUGAAUGGACGUUAAAGUCAGAAGACAUACUUUCUUUAAUCGAUGGCUUAGAAAGUAAUCGUAUAUUGGAGCUCGAAUGGAAAUGUCCUGGUAGAAGAGGUCCAUCUCCAUCACCUUCCAGUAAUCGACAGCAAGAACAUGGUUCCCAGGAAUAUAAACCUGAAGAAAAGUCAGACUUUGAUUUCAUGGAUGAAAUGUCAUCGCCUAGAUUACCAGUACGAAGAGUAGGAGAAAGUACUCCUAAAGGUAGUGCGAAGAAGAAAACAGCCAGUUUUAAUGGUGUUCUAUCAACAAUGUUACGCCAUCGUAGAUUGGAACAACAAGAAAUCAAUUCCAGUCCUAAGAAAAGUGAACCUAAUUCACCAAGUUUGAAAACUCAACCGACUUAACAUUAUCCUUUAUACGAGGAAAAUACUGACAUUGAUACAAACGCAUAUUAUAUUUCCAAGAUAUGGGAAAAAUGAGAGAAUGUUUAUUUUUUUCACAUAUAAGGUCAUUAAUACGAAGAUUAUAUAUUGUAUAUGAGUACAAUAUGAAUAUCGAAAUUGAUCGGUAAUAAUUCUUAAAGUAAAUCUUGUAUUUACUAACCUGAUGAAAGGUACUUUUUAUUAUCCUCUAUGAGGGUACAAUUUAAUUAUAUUUGAUAGAUCAAGAUGAAAAUAGAUAGAUCAAGAUUAAAAUCUCUUAUAUAUUUUCGUUUAUCUGUUUUAAAUUAAUCAUAUCUAAUUUCUAUAUUAAUUUAUUUUUACUUGAAAUCAAUUGAAUUAAAUAUAAUGUGUGAAUAGGAUAGGGUAAUGAUGCACGAUGCAUAAUUUUAAUCAACAGAAUCAUAGUAUUUUCUUUUUUUUGCAUAUAAAUCUUUAAAAUAUUAUUUGA